AUGGCAUUGGAAAAUGAAGACUCUCCAUCAUCGGUCGGCGAACGAAGGGGUCAACGGCUGGCGCCGUUACAAACCAAUUUCAGCCGUCCAACCUCUCGACCACUCCUUGUUACCUCUCCUCGCACGCAACGACCACGACCGGAGGAAUAUCAGAAUGAUGAAGAGCACAACGAACGGGUGCCGCUGCAGCCAACCCCGGUGAAGCGCCAAUCUUCCAAAUCGGGGCUCCGCGGCCUGUUCGGUCGUGAGAAGACCGCGCGCAAAGCGCCCAGUGACGCCAAGCUGUCCGGUAUUGACGAGGUACAGCCUUCUGCACCCAAUGGUGAACCAGGGCCUUCGGCGCCCUUGUCGCCCAUAUCCUCCUCAACCCCGGUUGCGGUGCCUACAUCGGCGACAGAGCCCCAUCGCGCCAAGACGCCCUCUAAGUCUCGUGGGAGGCAGAGCGAGGACAAACCGGGGUCGGAUGAUACUGCGUGGAAACCGCCUCCCCUCUUCCAGGCGUUUCCCCAGUCCAUCAAACAUGACACUCUGCCCUGUCCCGGACUAUCAGUUGACUCUAUCCUUCGAUUCCAUGCCACCUCGGCCGCCAAGCGUGAUGAAGACCAUUCGGCUCAGAAUUCGAAUAAGGGAAACGGCACGGAUGACCAUACGGUUCGCAAGAAGAAGGAAGAUAAGGAGAAAAGGAAACACCUACGCACCCUUUCCGAUACAAUCGGCAAGUCUGAAUGGGCGCAGAAGAUUUAUGUAUUGACCACAAGCGGUUACAUUCUACAGUACUCUGGCGGCGGAAAGCACGACCGUUUGCCUGAGAAGAUGUUGCAGCUCGGCCCGAAGUCUGUGGCUUUCGCGAGUGAUGCGAUUCCAGGAAAGCAUUGGGUUUUACAAGUGUCGCAGUCCUCGGAGGAACAGCCGUCCACAAACACAGAUACGCAUCGACCAUUGUUAUCGCGGUUUGGGUUCCAUCGAUCACACGCCAAGCGACUCGCACGCAGCUUCCUGCUCGUCUUUCACACCCCCGAAGACCUGAGUUCGUGGCUUUUGGCCGUUCGAGCCCAGAUCGAGGCACGUGGUGGUAAGAAGUAUGUCACCGAACGGGUCUUUGACGACGACAUGGAGCAUCAGCUGCAUCCUCAAACCAGUGCGCGUCAAUUAGUUAGGAAAGACCCGAACCGGUUUUCGCAGACUUUUCUGCAGCCUCAGCAGUCGACUACGUCGGAUGAACAAGAGUCGACCCUUACUGACCAAUCUCGCCGGAGUUCGCAUGUCUCACACCAUCGCCGGUCGUUGGUCAUGGCGCCUGGUCCUGAAUCUCGCUCCGAAUCCAUCUCGACGACCCACACCGAAGUGACUUCGCCUGUCAGUGGCAAUGGACAAGGCCGCUUUUACUCUUCGGUAUCCCCAGGUGGUGUUCCAAUGUCGCCCUCGAAGAAUGAGAAGAGCGCCAUCUCCACUGUGCUGUCGGCGCUGGAUACUUCUGCCAGCCCGACAUUGUCCACUCCCCGGAAGAGACAGUCGCUUAACCUCCAACAACCUGCAGCUACGGAGACCCCCGACAUCCCUCGGUCACAGUCCGUCGCUCCAGACCCUCUGUUGCGAAGUGCCUCGCCGCCUGCUCCGAACUUUAGUGUUCCAUCCUUCAGCCAGCGAUUUGCGGCAAGAGAUGGGUCCACCCGAUUGAGCCGUGUGCCUCCGUCUAUGCGCGGUAAUGAUAUGCCCGUUGAUCCGGCUGAGAUUAUGUCUACUUUCUCCUCUCCGCCUCAGUCCCCAGGGAAACCUCCGAGUAAUUUCGGGCCGGGUUACGGGAACGAACAACAGUUACCUAGCCAUGACACUCCGAGAAGGCCAUUGCGCGUUUCCAACUCCGAGGAUUCCCUCGCAGAUCCUCAGCGAAGCCAGGAGACUAAGCCAUAUCGCUUUUCUCGGAUCCCGAAGAACAAUAUGACGGCUGCCCCGCCGACGACAUCGCAUUCAUCCCGACCUCUCAGCGCCAUCAAGAAUGAAGCUGCCGAGUCACGCGUCAACGCGCCCCUUCCACCCUUGCCUCCAGGUGCCACCGAACCAUCUGCCCAAAAGCCCAACCGGACUUCUGUCCUCCAUCGGGCUGAUUCUGGUGGCCGUCCUGCCGGUCCUCCCAUGCCGCGACGCAAAAGUAUGCCGGGGCUGACCGUCGGGCCACCCUCCGUGCCUCCUCCCAACUGCCCACUGCCAAAGAUCCCGUCUCCGGUUGAUCCUGCUGCACAUGACUGGCCGGAGCCACCGACUACAGAUCAACGGGCUGGCACUCCUGGUCGGCCGAGCCGCAAGUUCCGACUCAGCUCGAUGCCUCAUCCUCCUGCCAAUGGACGUACCACCCCGAGCGGCCAACGUUCUGCAUCUCGACAGUCAAGACUGCCGGUCAACUAA